AUGAAUUGGAAGCUCAGAUCAUUUCUCUUGUUGACAGCCGCAGCUCUAUUAUAUCAAUCGUUGAAACUGCCCGCUGACUUGAAAGCAUUCCUCGACCCAGAAGACCUUAUUCAUCUGAAUAGUAAUAACAAUACCCCCCGAAAUCAGAAGAAUGACCUGGAUUUUCAUCAGAAUGGUACAUCCGUUCGGAACGGAGAGACUCACGCAUGGUUGGAUCAUAUUUACUAUUUCAAUUCCUUUGUGAAUCCAGAGGCUGAACGAUUCAUGGAAUCCUGGUUGCAACCAAUCAAACAUGCACAUAUCGAACGAGUGGAAGAAAUUUCAGGAUCAACCAGCAAUUAUCAAUCGUGUGCGGGUGAAGAAUUGAGCUGUAAAACAUCGACAGAAACCAAACGCAUCGGAUAUACGUAUUAUCGGUUUGGGUCGGCUUAUAAAAAGGGCGGGGUAUCAUUGGUGUUGCAUCACGAUACAAUGGCUUUGGAUUUGGAAAAGCUGCGUCAUGUCGUUGAAACAGAGUUGAAGAAGAGGAACAUUCGCUGGAGUGUUAUUCGUUUGGAUUGUGGACAAAAUGAACGAGGUCAAUCAAUUGAAGCUUCGACUAUCAAAGGAACCGGUUGGGCCGUUUAUCCAUCACCAGACACGCAGGAUAGCGAAUCCUGUGGAACAUCCAAGGCAAUACUCUGGCGCGACGGAAAGCUGAAAAAGAUGACCAAGUUAUUGACUAUGCUACACGGUGAUGACCCUGAAAAAAUAAAUAUUGAUUGUCUCCUCGAGAGCAGAGAGUUUGGAAGCUACUGCCUGGAUUCUCCAGGUAUCAUUCAACAUUCAAAUCAAUUGAGUCCCCAACCAACUCCGAUAUUCGGUACAUGGGAUUAUGGAAGGAUCCAGCAGACAAGCAAUCAAAAUAUGGAGAAUGUGCAUAAGAAAAUGCCUCUCGCAGCAGAACACGAAGCUCUCGCAAUAAGAGUGGAUCGGAUCCUUUAUGUUAACCUUGCCAAGAACAAGUUGCGGCGGCAAUUUAUGGAGAGUUGGCUUUCUCGCCAUUCCAUUCCGUACCAGCGAGUAAAUGCCAUGUCGAGUUCUGUACAAGCAGACUCGUGUGCUUUUGACAAGACAAAAGAGGUAUGCCGAGGAAUUGUUGGAUACGACCGGACACUUGUACAUACCUUGGAGAGCAUGGCUGACUUGCAAACUGGCAAUACCAUGAUUCUGGAAGAUGACAUGCUGCCAUCCGAUUCAAGAUUGGAUCGACUAGUCCAAGCUAUCAAGAUUGUUCCUCCCGAUUGGGAGUUGGUUCGAUUCGACUGUUGGGGUAUGGAAGACUUUAACUUUGACUGGCCCAAUCCAUUCGUUGCAGCAACCAAUUCCUAUUCCAUAAAGGGAUGUGAUAAAGUUGAUACGAAGAAUUGUCACAAAACCUUUUGUGGCGGGUCACACAGCAUGGUAUUCUCGGCAAGAGGAAUUGGCAAACUGAAGCGCAUGUGGAGUACCAAGCCAUAUCAAAAUGCAGAUUGCAUCAUUGCAAGAACGCCGAGCUUACGAAGCUACUGUGUCAACCUUGGCUUUUGGGAAACCAUUCAUAUUAAGUCCGAGCUCUCGGAUAUUUCUGGUCUGUAG